AUUAUUUUAACCUUUCUUUAUUACAAACUUAACCUAGUCUUUCGCUCACACAUAAUGCAAUUCUCCACCGUCGCCAUCUUCGCCGCUACCGCCGCCGCUGUUUCUGCCACCACCUUGACUGAAACCGAAGUUUCUUCCACCUUGGUCACCAUCACUUCUUGUGACUCCACCGUCACUGACUGUCCAGCCAAGCACACCUCUGCUUCUAACUACACCGUCCCAGUUAACGUCACCACUGCUUCUGAAAACGGUGCCGCUAAGGGUCAAUUCGCCGCUGCUGGUGUUGCUGCUUUGGCUGCUGGUGCUUUGUUGGCUUUGUAAGCGCCUUAUAUAUAAUUAAUUAUUAAUGUAU